AUGAUAGAGCUCUGGUGGGUUGUGGGAUUUUUGUUGUUGUGUUACGACAAUGGAAUAUCAGCUCAAAUGAAGUACUCUAUUCCAGAGGAGGCCAAAGUGGGAUCUGUCGUUGGAAAUAUUGCAAAGGACUUGGGAAUUGAUCUCACUACUCUAAAGGAGAGGCGGUUUCGUAUUGUGUCUGGCUCCAGUGACGUCCUGUUUCAGGUAAAUCAGGACAAUGGACAGAUGUAUGUCCAUAAAACGAUAGAUAGAGAGGAAUUGUGCCCUGGAAACAGUGUCUGUUUGGUUAAUCUAAAAAUAGCGGUUGAAAAUCCUUUAGAAAUACAUUACGUUGCAGUGGAAAUUACGGAUAUAAAUGAUCACUCUCCGUCUUUCCCCGGCGAGGACCAGCUCCUGGAAAUAUCCGAGCAUGUUCCUGUGGGUACACGAUUUCCGAUUCAUGCAGCCCGUGACCCCGAUAGCGGAAUUAAUUCUGUACGUUUCUACAAGCUUAACACAAAUUCUGAUUUUGACAUUGAGAUAAGAGAAAACGAGGAUGAAAAAAUACCAUUUCUCCUGUUAAAGAAACACUUGGACAGGGAACAACAGAAAGAGCAUCGCUUGGUAUUAACGGCAAGUGAUGGAGGAAAUCCACAGAGAUCCGGAAGCCUUAAUUUGAUUAUCAUAGUUAUUGAUACGAAUGAUAACCGCCCUAUAUUUAGUAAGGAUGUAUACACAGUAAAUUUACACGAAAACGCCCCUCGUGGUACACUUGUCCUUAAAGUCAAUGCCACGGAUUUGGAUGAAGGCUCGAAUAGUGAAAUUGAAUACAGCCUAAGCAAAACCUUGAAACAAAAAGUGUAUGACACAUUUAUCCUAGAUAGCAUCUCAGGUGAGAUUCGAGUGAAAGGAAACGUAGACUUUGAAGAUAUGGAGAUUUACAGACUGGAUGUUCAAGCCUCCGACAAAGGCCAGCCGCCCUGGACGGCUGAAUGUAGAGUUAUUAUCAAAAUAAUAGAUGUGAAUGAUAAUAAGCCAGAUAUAGAAGUGACUUCAUUGUCAAACGUAGUCCCCGAAGAUUCAAAGUCGGGCACUGUUAUCUCUCUGAUUAGUGUGACGGACACAGAUUCAGGUGUUAAUGGUAAAGUUAUUUGUACAAUCGCGGGGAAUGUCCCAUUUGAUUUGAGACCAUCUAUACAGGAAAAUAUGUAUUCUCUUGUGACUAUGGGGCGUCUGGACAGGGAAAAUGUUUCACAUUAUGACAUUACAAUAACAGCCAGUGACUGUGGUGAACCUCCACUAUCCACCGUCAAAACUCUGACUGUUGAAGUAUCCGAUGUAAAUGAUAACCGCCCUGAGUUUAGACACAAUCCUUUAGAGUUAUAUCUGGUAGAAAAUAACGUUCCUGGCUCUUCAAUAUUUUCUGUAAACGCAUAUGACGUGGAUUUAAAUGAAAAUGCAGCGAUCUCCUAUCAGGUUGUUAGAAAGGACGCAGUACAAAAUGACAUCACAUCCUUCCUCAAUGUCAAUUCUGAAAACGGACAAAUAUCAGCGCUAAAAAGUUUUGACUUUGAAACUCUGAAAACGUUCCAGUUCCAAGUUGUCGCCACAGAUUCUGGAACUCCGUCACUAAGCAGCAACGUCACAGUGAACGUGUUCAUUCUGGAUCAGAACGACAACCCUCCAGUCAUCCUGUAUCCAGUCAGCUCUAACGGUUCUGCCGAAGGUGUGGAGGAGAUUCCCCGCAAUGUGAACGCAGGACACUUGGUGACUAAAGUCAGAGCCUAUGACGCUGAUAUAGGAUAUAACGGCUGGUUACUCUUUUCACUGCAGCAAGUUACUGACCACAGUCUCUUUGGUUUGGACCGCUAUACAGGACAGAUCAGAACACUUCGCUCAUUCACAGAGACAGACGAGGCUGAGCAUAAACUGGUCAUAUUGGUCAAAGACAAUGGGAACGUUUCACUCUCAGCGACAGCUACUGUGAUUGUCAAACUCGUGGAGCCCAAAGAGGCUUUUGCAGCAUCUGAUGUUAAAAGUUCUGCAAAAGUUGACGAUCAAGACAAUGUUACAUUUUAUCUGAUGAUAACUUUGGGCUCAGUUUCUGUACUUUUUCUCGUCAGUAUCAUUGUGCUGAUUGCAAUGCAGUGUUCAAAAACCACAGACUAUACUUCUAAAUAUCUACAAGACACAAAUUAUGAUGGGACACUGUGUCACAGCAUCCAGUACAGAUCAGGAGACAAACGGUACAUGUUAGUUGGACCCAGGAUGAGUAUAGGAUCUACUAUAGUCCCAGGCAGCCAUGCCAAUACUCUGGUGCUCCCAGACAGGAGACGGGCUUCUGAAGAGGUAAGACUUUAA